AUGGCUCUGAACUCGUUUCCCGGGAGCACACCCUCCUAUGCACAAUCUUCACUGCCGUCUUUGCCGUCACAUCUGCAGUCAGAUACACAUUUGACAGCUCAUCUGGCAAGCAGGUUUCAUGUCUCCUUACCCACAGCCCGUCUUUCAUCACAAGCUUUGAUCUGUUUGAAUACCUAUACCUCUUCGACCAAGGGCCCCGAUGGAGGAAAAGAGGGAAGCGCCAUGGGCGAGGCCGAAGAUUUGGCCAAACGAGCUUUUACCCGUCUAGGAGCCCGUGGUGAAAACCAAGCGGUCGUAUUCCUCGGGGAAACCGGUUCAGGAAAAACAACCAUACGAUCUCACCUUCUGUCAGCCCUUCUCUCGUUCUCUGCAACCCCUCUAUCAACCAAGUUGUCAUUAGCCGCCUUCGUUUUCGAUACCCUUACCACCACCAAAUCCGUGACUACGCCGACAGCGUCGAAAGCCGGAUUGUUUUUUGAAUUACAAUACGAUUCAUCGUCGAAUACCCCCUUGUUGAUUGGAGGUAAAAUCCUCGAUCAUCGCCUGGAAAGGAGCCGUAUCACCUCAGUCCCCACAGGUGAACGCAGCAUUCAUGUGUUAUAUUAUCUACUGGCAGGGACAAGCGCCGCCGAAAAAGCUCAUUUGGGACUCGAUUCGUCUGGCAUACAUGCAGGACCAGGCGGUAAUCAGAAGCGAUGGCGUUAUCUUGGUCACCCCACUCAAUUGAAGGUUGGUGUGAAUGACGCUGAGGGCUUCCAGCAUUUCAAGACGGCUUUGCGGAAACUAGAGUUCCCCCGCAGUGAGAUCGCAGAGAUCUGCCAGAUUCUUGCUACUGUCCUUCAUAUCGGUCAGCUUGAAUUUGUGACUGGUCAAACCACCACGACUGGGGCGGAGGAAAGCGGUGGUUACUCCCACGAAGGCGGGGAAACUGUGACAAUUGUUAAAAACAAGGAAGUUUUGGAGUGUGUUGCUGCCUUCUUGGGGCUCAGUACGGAAGACCUGGCUGUAAGCUUGCGUCACAAAACCAAAACCAUCCACCGCGAACGUGUAACGGUGAUGCUCGAUCCUCGAGGCGCUCGUCAAAACGCAGAUGAACUUGCGAGGACACUUUACUCCCUUCUAGUUGCCUAUGUUAUUGAGAGUAUAAACCAGAGGGUCUGCGCUGUUGAGGAUAGCAUUGGCAAUACAAUCUCUAUCAUUGAUUUCCCAGGCUUUGCUCAGUCUGCUAACUCGUCAACCCUUGAUCAACUUCUCAACAAUGCUGCCGUCGAAUCUCUGUACAGCUUUGCCCUACAGAGCUUCUUUUCGAACAAGGCAGAUCGCUUGGAAAGUGAAGAAGUUAGCGUACCAGCAACAAGUUAUUUCGACAAUUCGGACGCUGUUCGGGGUCUUCUGAAGCCCGGCAAUGGUUUACUUGCUAUUAUCGAUGACCAGACAAGGCGAGGAAAAACGGACAUGCAAUUGCUUGAGAGCUUGAGGAAGAGAUUUGAAAACAAGAACCCUGCCAUAACAGUAGGAGAUAGCGAGACCAAGCUACCUGGAAGCAAUUUCGUGACGCCCAGUACGCGCGCCACAUUUACUGUUAGGCAUUUCGCUGGUGAAAUCGAUUAUCCCGUCAACGGCUUGAUCGAAGAGAACGGAGAGACCAUCUCAGGGGAUUUAAUCAACCUUAUCAGCUCCACACGAAGUGACUUCGUGCGAGAGCUUUUCGGACAAGCCGCCCUACAGAAAGUCACUCAUCCCAAGGAGCGAACUGCCGUAGUUCAGGCUCAAGUUAGCUCCAAGCCCAUGCGCAUGCCCAGUAUGGCUCGGCGCAAGAUCAGCCCGUCGUCCAGAUUGAAUCCAUUCAGUAAUCGCGCCGGCAAAGAGGAUGAUGAUAGCGACAGUCAUAAUGGUAGCACCAAGGGCGGUAACACAUCGCAUAAAAAGACACACGGCACCGGCCCAGAUCAAGGGGCGGCUGGCCAAUUCCUGGCUUCAUUGGAAGUUAUUAAACAGUGUCUAAAUGCGCCGAAUCUGAACCCUUAUUUUGUCUUCUGUCUCAAGCCUAAUGAUCGACGCAUUGCCAAUCAAUUUGACAGCAAAUGCGUACGCAUGCAGGUGCAGACUUUCGGCAUCGCUGAGAUCAGUCAGCGACUGCGUAACGCAGAUUUCAGUGUUUUUCUCCCCUUCGCUGAAUUUUUAGGGCUGGCAGAAGCUGAGAGCAUUGUGGUUGGAAGUGAUCGUGAGAAGGCAGAGCUUGUCCUAGACGAACGGAAAUGGCCUGGAAAUGAAGCACGUGUGGGCAGCACGGGUGUUUUCCUUAGCGAACGGUGCUGGGCUGAUAUUGCAAAACUCGGUGAGCGAGUACUUCCAACAUAUCAUGCUGAUUCCCUCGAUGAUGGAGAUGGGAUGCUUCAUCCUGGAGCAUACAGUGACCACAAAGUCCGGCUCCUCAACUCUGGAGAGAACAGUCCGAGCGGUGCAUUUAUUUAUGGAGACGAGUCUAAGCAAGGUGGCUAUUUCGGCAGCCGUGAUGUUGAUGGUCGGUCAGACGCAGGCGCCUCAGCUUUCAAUUCUGGAGAUAUGUUUAAAAACCUCGAGACUCGAGAGCAGAUGGCGGAGAAAAGCAAGGAACGCAAAAUGGAGGAGGUGGACAUUCUACCAGUUUCCGGCAGUCGCAAGCGGUGGCUCUUCAUCGUGUAUCUGCUAACAUUCUGGGUGCCCGACUUUCUGAUCAGGCUCCUUGGAAGAAUGAAGCGAAAGGAUAUCCGACUGGCGUGGCGUGAAAAGUUGGCCAUCAACAUGCUCAUCUGGCUAGCCUGUGCGGUUGCAGCUUUUAUUGUUGUCGGCUUCCCCUUGUUAAUAUGUCCCCGACAAGACGUAUACUCGGCAGAGGAGCUAUCGUCCCACAACGGCAAGGAUGGCGCAUCAUCGUAUGUUUCUAUUCGAGGUGUGGUGUUUGAUCUCGGCGCGUUCCUCCCUGCUCAUCAGCCAAAAGGCUUGAUACCGUCGUCAGCAUUCGAGAGAUAUGCCGGUGUCGAUGCUACAGCUCUUUUCCCCGUCCAAGUGUCUGCUCUUUGUCAGGGAGUCAACGAGUCUGUUGACCCAAGUGUAUUACUUGACUUUACGCCAGUCAACAUCACUGGCUCUGCUACUACAAUCAGCACAGGGGACCAAAACUCGAAGUAUCAUGAUUUCCGCUACUUUACAAACGAUUAUCGUCCAGAUUGGUUUGCUGAACAGAUGAUUAUGCUCAAAGGUUCAUAUAAGAAAGGCUACAUUGGAUACAGUGCAGGAUACUUGAAAACUCUAGCCAACAAGAACGGCCGUUCCGUAGCUAGUCUUGACGGGAAAGUGUACGAUUUUACCGCCUACGCUGCUGGAGGUCGCCGAACUCUAGGCCCGAAUAACACUACUGGACCAGCCGGUGUCAGUGUCGAUUUCAUGGAUCCUGUCAUUGUGGAUUUGUUUACGCAGAGAUCCGGGCAGGACGUUACCCAACGCUUCAAUGAGCUCCAAAUGGACCCCGCGUUACGCCAACGUAUGCGACUAUGUAUGGACAAUCUCUUUUUCAUCGGCAAAGUAGACACUCGAAACUCGACGAGAUGCCAAUUCUCCAAAUACUUCAUCAUUGCCAUCACGGCUUUCCUGGCUUCGGUUAUCAUCGCCAGGUUCUUGGCUGCACUUCAGUUUGGUAAAAAGAACAUGCCAGAGAAUUUGGAUAAGUUCAUUAUUUGCCAGGUUCCCGUCUAUACGGAAGAUGAGGAGUCCCUCCGCCGUGCUAUUGACUCCAUGGCUCGCAUGAAGUACGAUGACAAACGGAAAUUACUGGUGGUCAUCUGUGAUGGAAUGAUCAUUGGUCAAGGCAACGACCGUCCCACGCCAAGAAUAGUUCUAGAUAUUCUCGGUGUGCCUGACACUGUCGAUCCUGAGCCCUUGAGUUUUGAAAGUUUAGGCGAGGGCAUGAGGCAGCAUAAUAUGGGAAAGAUCUAUUCCGGCCUCUACGAAGUUCAAGGCCACAUCGUACCUUUCAUGGUUGUUGUCAAGGUCGGAAAGCCAUCUGAGGUAUCUCGACCAGGUAACCGUGGUAAACGAGACUCGCAGAUGAUCCUGAUGCGAUUCCUCAACCGUAUCCACUACAACCUUCCUAUGAGCCCCAUGGAAUUAGAGAUGUAUCACCAAAUUCGCAACAUCAUCGGCGUCAACCCAACAUUUUAUGAAUAUAUUUUGCAAGUCGACGCCGACACCGUCGUCGCUCCGGAUUCUGCCACACGGAUGGUGUCUUCAUUCCUUUCAGACACUCGCAUCAUCGGUCUCUGUGGAGAGACUGCCCUGAGCAACGCGCGAAGAUCUGUAAUCACGAUGAUACAAGUCUAUGAAUACUACAUCUCUCACAAUUUGACCAAAGCAUUCGAGAGUUUGUUCGGUUCUGUUACCUGUUUACCGGGUUGUUUCACUAUGUAUCGAAUCAGAUCUGCGGACACAGGCAAGCCACUGUUUGUGAGCAAGGAGGUCGUUGACCAAUAUGCGGAAAUUCGAGUUGAUACACUUCAUAUGAAGAACUUGCUUCAUCUCGGUGAAGAUCGUUAUCUCACGACACUGCUUAUCAAACAUCAUCCAAACUACAAGACCAAAUACAGCUUCCGUGCCCAUGCAUGGACUAUUGCCCCAGAGAACUGGAGUGUUUUCCUGUCCCAGCGUCGAAGAUGGAUUAACUCUACAGUGCAUAAUUUGAUUGAGCUUGUCCCAAUGCAGCAACUCUGCGGUUUCUGUUGUUUCAGUAUGCGCUUCGUGGUCCUCAUUGAUCUAAUGAGCACGAUCAUUCAACCCGUGACCAUGGCGUAUAUUGUUUACCUUAUUGUAUGGGUCGUUCUUGAUCCAUCCAUGAUCCCCGUGACGGCUUUCAUCCUCCUUGGAGCUAUCUUUGGUCUUCAAGCCAUCAUUUUCAUUCUUCGACGAAAGUGGGAGAUGGUCGGCUGGAUGAUUAUAUAUAUUCUUGCUACUCCCAUCUUUUCUCUAGGUCUACCUUUAUACUCAUUCUGGCACAUGGAUGACUUUACCUGGGGUAACACCCGUGUGGUCACUGGUGAAAAGGGCAAGAAGAUUGUCAUUUCCGACGAGGGCAAGUUCGAUCCUGCUUCGAUACCUAAGAAGAAAUGGGAAGAGUACCAAGUGGAGCUUUGGGAGGCUCAAUCGCGAGCUGAUGACUCCCGCUCAGAGGUAUCUGGCUACUCUUACGGCACCAAGUCUUACCAUCCAGCUGCUACUGAAUACGGAUACCCAGCAUCUCGACCUAUGUCACAACUCGAUUUGACAUCUCGACUUGGCUCCCGCAUGUCACUCGCUCCCUCUGAGAUGAUGGGUGGUGCAAACUACGAAUUGAGUGAUCUCGCUGGGUUACCCAGUGACGAUGCAUUCUUGCUGAGAUCCGGGAGAUAUGCGCACAGCUGAUUUGAUGACGAUUACGAAGAAGGCUGUUAAAUUAGAGCUUGAGAAGCGUUUUGGUGUUAAUCUAGAUGCCAAACGUCCAUACAUCAACUCUGCAACCGAAGCAGUCCUCUCUGGUCAACUAUAAUCAAACCAAUGACAGAAACAUAACGACGUUUACACAAACCCGAAAUGUCCUUUCUGUUCAUCUAUCUCGCGUCUCGCAUAAAAAGAUAACGAAGCAUAUCUUCUCCCAAUUUCCUCUCAUCCAUAAACUGGAGUUUCUGUUGAAAUCAUUUCGUUUGGUAAAUAGGGCCUUUCAAGUUUUCGAUUUCCUCUCUUCCUCUACAACUAGCAUUAUAAUUCCGUCUCAUUGUUUUUUUCUUGCGGAUUCUUGACGAUGUAGCAUACAUAAAUAAUGUCCUUGGUUUUUACUUAGUCAUUACAACUUCGUGUCUUUGUAUGAUUAAGUUAUAGCGAAAUACUUACGUUUUAAUAAAGACGAUAACUUUGA